UGAACUUCUUCAGAGCCUGUUCCUUCUACGUCGCUUUCACCACGGAGACCAAACUACUUUUCUGCACGCAAUCUUCCUUCCUAUCUUCAUUGAUUCCUACUGAAUUUCUAUUGUUAUAAUUAAUAUUCUAACACCCUUGGAGCUGAGGACAAAAUACACCUUGAAAAGUGACAGCAAUAGGCAAACACAGUUACCUUCUUUUGCUAUAUUUUUCUUAAUCUAGAGAUAUCUUUAUCAUAAAGGACUCUGUUUUUCUGGAUUUUUUUCCCAUAUUGUUUCAACGUUUUGUUGUUUGGUUCCACAGGAAAAGAGUGGCUUCACCUUAAUCCAUUAACGAUUCUCUGAAGUGGGGUUUUUGAUUGCCUCACCUUUAGAAUGGAGAAGUUGUUUUUUAUUCCUUUUCUUCUUCUUCUCUCUGUUCUGGUUUUUCCUUCUCUGUUCCAUGGAGGAGUGGCCGGUGCUGCUGGAACCAAGGAUGGAUCCGAACAGUGGGGAUAUGUUCGAGUCCGACCCAAAGCCCACAUGUUCUGGUGGUUCUAUAGAAGUCCGUACAGAGCUGAAUAUCCUUCCAAGCCUUGGCCCAUAAUUCUGUGGUUGCAGGGUGGCCCUGGUGCUUCAGGAGUUGGAAUUGGAAAUUUUCAAGAGAUUGGACCACUGGACACAGAUCUCAAGCCAAGAAACUCGACUUGGUUGCAAGUAGCUGAUCUCUUGUUUGUAGAUAACCCAGUUGGAACAGGAUACAGUUUUGUAGAGGAUGAAAAGGUAAUGGUGAAAACUGAUGAAGAGGCAGCAACUGACUUAACUACCUUGUUGAAGAAACUCUUCAAUAGGAAUCUUGGGCUCCGAGGAAGACCUCUGUACAUUGUAGCAGAGUCUUAUGGAGGGAAGUAUGCUGUUACUCUUGCACUGUCGGCUUUAAAAGCUAUUGAAGCUGGAGAAUUGAAGCUCAAACUAGGAGGAGUCGCUUUGGGAGACAGUUGGAUCUCCCCUGAAGAUUUUGUGAUUUCAUGGGCUCCUUUGCUCAAAGAUUUGUCACGGAUUGAUGACAAUGGAGUGAAGAAGGCAAACAGUCUUGUUCAACGGAUUAAGCAGCAAAUUGCAUCAGGCCUUUAUGAAAAUGCAACAGAUUCAUGGGGUGAGCUCGAGGACGUGAUUAUUACAGCCAGUAACUUUGUGGACUUCUACAAUUUUAUGCUGGAUUCAGGAAGUGAAGACAUUUCUACAACAACCAUGGAAUCAUCCAAGGCAGCGGUGGUGAAGAAGUACUCAAGAUAUCUCAACUCCAAGAGAUUUUUUGCAGGUGGAAAUGGCGAUAUUGAAACACUGAUGAAUGGAGCCAUCAAAGAGAAGCUCAAGAUCAUUCCCACAGAUGUAAAAUGGGGAGAGCAGUCAGGGUCUGUUUUCUCAGCUUUAGAAGGUGAUUUCAUGAAACCAAGAAUAGCUGAGGUUGAUGAACUUUUAGCUAAAGGGGUCAAUGUGACAAUAUACAAUGGACAGGUAUCCAUCCUUAAGUGUUUUUCAAGGAUUCAGCACCUUAAAUAUCUACUCGGUUGGCUUGAUCUCAUAUGUGCAACCAAAGGAGCUGAAGCAUGGGUCCAGAAACUCAAGUGGAGUGGGCUGAAACAGUUCUUGAGCUUGGACAGGACCCCACUUUAUUGUGGGAAGGACCAUCAAACUACAAAAGGGUUCACCAGGUCAUACAAGAAUCUGCAUUUUUAUUGGAUACUUGGGGCGGGUCACUUUGUGCCUGUAGAUCAGCCCUGUGUUGCAUUGAAGAUGGUAGCUGACAUCACACACUCUCCAGGUGCUGCUCUUCUUCCUUGAAACUAGAACAAAGCAACCAAAAGACAGACAGACAGACAGACAGAGAGAGAGAGAGAGAGAGAAAAGAAAGAGAAUUAAAUGACAUUACAACAGUAUAAGGAGAAAUGGAGUAAACACAUGCAAAUAAUAGCAUGGAUGAUGGAUGGGUCAAGGUAAGACACUUGCAGCCACGCAGUGGAGACUGGAGGAAGAAGACAGACAGAAGGAAACGUGGAGAGAUAAGUACUGAAUAAAUGUCAUCUCUUUUUCUUUUUCUUUUUUUAUAAUUCUUUUCUGAUUCUCAUUGAUGAUUUUCUGAAUCUUCUUUAUUUAUAAAUAUAAAAUUCAGUGGAAAAUAAAAAAAAAAAAACUUUUAAUUGUUAAUAUCUUGUUCUUGUAAAUGCCGGCAUUUGUGUUCCCCAUGGAUGAUGCCCAAAAGACUGGAUAUCUUUUUAUUCAUUAAAUCAUCUCUUAAUCUGUUGCUUU